UACCAGCAAAUACUGAGAAAAAAAACCGUAACUAUGUUUGGAUUAUUUUUUUUCAUUUUAUUCACCCCUGGAAUCAGUGAAUUCAUUUGUACAUCAUCAGAUCUUGAAAUGUCAUACACGUUUUGUGAUUCUACAGCUCAUUCAUUCACGUUUAAUCUGACACCUUGCAGCACGAUGAACAAACCUGUCUGGAAGGCUGCUCUCACCUGGAUUCCACGAAGUGACAUUCACUUUUUGAAGAUUGUCUUCAAUGUCUGGUAUGAUGGUGCCAAAGCACUCCUCUGGAAAGAACUGCUCUGCAGCGGAGCUGACGAUGAAUACUCAGUGUGCGGAACGCUGAAAGGAGAAACACUUGUAUCAGCAUUUGACAUUAAAGGCUCAAGAAUAAAGUUUCCAAAGGGCAAUUAUAGUAUUGUUGUGCAAGGAUUCUCUGAUGAUUCUGAGAAUAAUAUGCUUAUGUGCUUGAAUUUCACCAUGAUAGUAAAACAAGAUGCUUUCUGAGUGCAACAGACUUCUCAAAUAACUCCAGAACAUGGAGGUCACUUCCGUGAGCAACGGCAAUCCAAGCUGUGAAGUAAUCUGCACACUAAAUUUCCUGAGGCAGAAUACAUUGUGAGCUGUUUGGGAAGCUGUAUGAAGUGUAUUCUUACUCAUUUGUAGCACAGCCAUAAUUAGUUGCUCAGCCAAUGUGCACAAAAUCUCUGGGAAUCAGGCAUCCUGAUUAAUCCACAGGAUUAUCCUGACUGGAUGUCAUGCUGGUCCUGCAUUUUGGUGCUGUGCCUUGAGUUACAAUAAAGUUGAGUCUUUCAGGCUGAGCUAAAGUAAUCAAGAGGUUUUGAAGUUUUAACGUGCAAGGAUCAGAAGUUCAUCAAUAUUCAAUUUAAAAUAACACAAUUGAUUUGGGAACUCUGCUGUGAGG